AUUCCCACAAUGCUCUGGGGCGUGCCGCCGCCGUCGCUGCCGCCUCCGCUACCGCUAGUGGAAGAAGAUGGCGGAAGGCGGAGCGGCGGAUCUGGACAUCCAGCGGUCUGACAUCGCGACGCUGCUCAAAACCUCCCUCCGGAAAGGGGACACCUGGUACCUAGUUGAUAGUCGCUGGUUCAAACAGUGGAAAAAAUAUGUUGGCUUUGACAGCUGGGACAAAUACCAGAUGGGAGAUCAAAAUGUAUAUCCUGGACCCAUUGAUAACUCUGGACUUCUCAAAGAUGGUGAUGCCCAGUCACUUAAGGAACAUCUUAUUGAUGAAUUGGAUUACAUACUGUUGCCAACUGAGGGCUGGAAUAAACUUGUCAGCUGGUACACGUUGAUGGAAGGUCAGGAACCAAUAGCACGAAAGGUGGUUGAACAGGGUAUGUUUGUAAAGCACUGCAAAGUAGAAGUAUAUCUCACAGAAUUGAAGCUCUGUGAAAAUGGAAACAUGAACAAUGUUGUAACUCGAAGAUUUAGCAAAGCUGACACAAUAGAUACAAUUGAAAAAGAAAUAAGAAAAAUCUUCAAUAUUCCAGAUGAAAAGGAGACCAGAUUGUGGAACAAAUACAUGAGUAAUACAUUUGAACCACUGAAUAAACCAGACAGCACCAUUCAGGAUGCUGGUUUAUACCAAGGACAGGUGUUAGUGAUAGAACAGAAAAAUGAAGAUGGAACAUGGCCCAGGGGUCCUUCUGCUCCUAAGUCCCCAGGUGCAUCCAAUUUUUCAGCUUUACCAAAGAUCUCUCCUUCAUCUCUGUCAAAUAAUUAUAACAACAUCAACAACAGAAAUGUGAAAAAUUCAAAUUAUUGUCUCCCAUCAUAUACUGCUUAUAAGAACUAUGAUUAUUCAGAACCUGGCAGAAACAAUGAACAGCCAGGCCUCUGCGGCCUAAGUAACUUGGGAAAUACGUGUUUCAUGAACUCAGCUAUUCAGUGUUUGAGCAACACUCCUCCACUUACUGAAUAUUUCCUCAAUGAUAAGUAUCAAGAAGAACUCAAUUUUGACAAUCCCUUAGGAAUGAGAGGUGAAAUAGCUAAAUCUUACGCUGAAUUGAUCAAACAAAUGUGGUCUGGAAAAUUUAGCUAUGUCACGCCAAGAGCCUUUAAGACGCAAGUAGGACGUUUUGCACCUCAGUUCUCUGGAUACCAGCAGCAGGACUGUCAAGAGCUAUUAGCUUUCCUAUUAGAUGGACUGCAUGAGGAUUUGAAUCGAAUUAGGAAAAAACCAUAUAUACAGUUAAAAGAUGCUGAUGGAAGGCCAGAUAAGAUAGUUGCUGAAGAAGCCUGGGAAAACCAUUUAAAAAGAAAUGAUUCUAUCAUAGUAGAUAUAUUUCACGGCCUUUUCAAAUCAACUUUAGUUUGUCCUGAAUGUGCUAAGAUUUCAGUAACAUUUGAUCCUUUUUGUUACUUGACACUUCCAUUGCCCAUGAAAAAAGAACGUACUUUGGAAGUUUAUUUGGUUAGAAUGGAUCCACUUACCAAACCUAUGCAGUACAAAGUGGUUGUCCCCAAAAUUGGAAACAUACUUGAUCUUUGUACAGCAUUGUCUGCUUUGUCAGGAGUACCGGCAGAUAAGAUGAUAGUUACUGAUAUAUACAAUCAUAGAUUUCACAGAAUAUUCGCUAUGGAUGAAAACCUUAGUAGUAUUAUGGAACGGGAUGAUAUUUAUGUGUUUGAAAUUAAUAUCAAUAGGACAGAAGAUACAGAGCAUGUGAUUAUUCCUGUUUGCCUAAGAGAAAAAUUUAGACACUCAAGUUAUACCCACCAUACUGGUUCCUCACUUUUUGGUCAGCCUUUUCUUAUGGCUGUACCACGAAACAACACUGAAGAUAAACUCUAUAAUCUCCUGCUUUUGAGAAUGUGCCGGUAUGUCAAAAUAUCUACUGAAACUGAAGAAACCGAAGGAUCCCUACACUGCUGUAAGGACCAAAAUAUUAAUGGGAACGGCCCAAAUGGCAUACAUGAAGAAGGCUCACCAAGUGAGAUGGAAACAGAUGAACCAGAUGAUGAAUCCAGCCAGGAUCAAGAACUUCCCUCCGAGAAUGAAAACAGUCAGUCUGAAGAUUCAGUUGGAGGAGAUAAUGAUUCUGAAAAUGGAUUAUGUACUGAGGAAACUUGUAAAAGUCAACUUACGGGACACAAAAAAAGACUAUUUACAUUCCAGUUCAACAAUUUAGGCAAUACUGAUAUCAACUACAUCAAAGAUGACACCAGGCAUAUAAGAUUUGACGAGAGGCAGCUUAGACUAGAUGAAAGAUCUUUUCUUGCUUUGGAUUGGGAUCCUGAUUUGAAAAAAAGAUAUUUUGAUGAAAAUGCCGCUGAGGAUUUUGAAAAACAUGAAAGUGUGGAAUAUAAACCUCCUAAAAAACCCUUUGUGAAAUUAAAAGAUUGCAUUGAGCUUUUUACAACAAAAGAAAAGCUAGGUGCUGAAGAUCCCUGGUAUUGUCCAAAUUGUAAAGAACAUCAGCAAGCCACAAAGAAAUUGGAUUUAUGGUCCCUGCCUCCAGUACUUGUGGUACAUCUCAAACGAUUUUCUUAUAGUCGAUACAUGAGAGACAAAUUGGAUACAUUAGUUGAUUUUCCCAUCAAUGACCUGGAUAUGUCAGAAUUCCUAAUUAAUCCAAAUGCAGGUCCUUGCCGCUAUAAUUUGAUUGCUGUUUCAAACCACUAUGGAGGAAUGGGAGGAGGACACUAUACUGCUUUCGCAAAAAAUAAAGAUGAUGGAAAAUGGUACUACUUUGAUGACAGUAGUGUCUCAACUGCAUCUGAAGACCAGAUUGUGUCCAAAGCAGCAUAUGUACUGUUCUACCAGAGACAAGACACUUUCAGUGGAACUGGCUUUUUUCCUCUUGACCGAGAAACUAAAGGUGCUUCAGCUGCCACAGGCAUCCCGUUAGAAAGUGAUGAAGAUAGCAAUGAUAAUGACAAUGAUAUAGAAAACGAAAACUGUAUGCACACUAACUAAUGAAAGUCCUAGAAGCCAUAAAAGAGAGACUUUCCUGCUGGUGGUAUGAAGUGAUGAGGUUACCCACCACAUUAAACAAAAGUCUGAGAUGGGGAGUUUCAGAUAACCGAAUGUAAAUCCUUUAUCAGAUUUUAACUUGUGCAGUACUUGAAGUGAAACACAAUGAAAACUUUAACAGAAAUUGUCUCUUAAUACAUUUACAGUCUUGUAAUUACAAGCUAAAUAUAUAUAGGAAAUCACAAAUAAAUCCCUUUUAAGUUUG